AUGGCUCAUCUAUUCAAUUCUAUUAAUAAUAUUUAUCAUCAACCAUAUGUUACUUUAGAUGAUAUAUUAAAUUCUUCAAACUCAAAUUCAACUUUAGGAAAACUUUAUCAAUUAUUUUUAUCGUUAAGAAAUAGUAAAGAUAAUUUAUUAAGUGAAAAAAUAUUCGAUGAUUUCAUUGUAAAAACAACACAAGGCUUAAUAACUAAAUUAAAUCAAAAAAAUAAACAUUCAAUGAAUAAUUUUAUUGAAUUUAUUAAACAAAUUGAUCUUAUAGCAAAAGAAAAUCAUCUUAGUAAAGAAUAUCUUUAUGAAAAACUUUUACAUCAAACAUUUCUUAUUAAUAAUCAAGAUCAAAAUAAUAAUGCUCUUGAUUAUUCCCUUAUCUCUCAUAAUUUAUUAUUAAAUGAAUAUAAUAACGAUUUAUCUCGUCUUAAAGAUUAUUUUAUUGCACAUAGUGAAAAAUCAAAAGAUGAUUCUCAUCAUCAAAUGAUUUGUUCAACUUUUAUUCAAUGUAUUUGUCAACAUACAAAAUUAAAUAAAGUUGAUAUUCGUCUUCAGUUGAAUGGCCUUUUUUAUCAAAUUCAAUCAUCACUAGUUUAUCAAGGUCUUUAUAUUCCUGGUUCUCUUACAAUAGAUUUUCAUGGAUUUAUAUUAUGUCUUCAACAAAUUGCUCGAACAUUUAAUAUUAAUUUAAGAAUCUUAAUCAAAAAUUUGAUUAAUACCUAA